GGACCAAAAUCUUAUAAAUAAUAACUUAAAAAGAUGCCUUCAAAAAAAGAAGCCCUACUAUCCGUUAUGAAUGACGAAGAGAAGUUUCAUGCUGUAGCCCAGAAAGCCUUCUCUGACGUAGACCAAGACGGCAGUGGAAAACUUGACAAGAGCGAAAUGAAGAACUGCCUGGCUAUCUUUAACAAGGAUUUAGACAUCCCUGCUCCUAGUGACGAAACUGUUGAAAAGUAUAUAGGGAUUUUGGAUGAAGGUGAUGGAGAUGGUAUGGUUAGCAUUGAUGAAUUCAAGAUUUUGUUAAAGGCAAUGAUGGAAGUUAAUUUGAUGAUGAUAGAAAUGGAGGAGGAUGAAUAAGAGAUUUGGAUUAUAAUUCAAUUGGUGAGAGG